AUGAAAGACGGAAAAUUUCGUAACUGGGCGGAGCUUCCAUCAGAUUUAACGUUUUCGAUUCUCCUCCGUGUCAGCGUUCCCGAUAGACUGGAAAACGCUCAGAACGUGUGCAGAUCGUGGCGAAGCGUCUGCAAAGAACCCUCGUUGUGGCGGGAAAUCGACUUGCGACACCUCGAGAACCUCAAAUCCAUGGAGACAAUGUGCCGUCGCGCCGUCGAUCUAAGCCGCGGCGGCUUGCUGGAGAUCAACAUCGAGAACUUCGGGAACAAUUCUCUCCUCGCUUACAUCGCCGACAGGUCAAGUAAUCUGAAACGCCUGAGAAUUGCAGAGUUUGAAGAGAUAACGAAGCUGGGACUUAUGAAAGCAGUGACGAAACUCCCAUUGCUUGAAGAGCUUGAGCUAUCUUGCUGCCGUUUUGAUGAUGUGUUUGAUUUGAAAGGCGUAGGCUUUGCUUGCCCUAAUCUCAAGACGUUGAAGGUGAACUAUGUGGGGUUUUACUACAAGCAUGUCGAGUGUGAUGAUGAUGCAUUAGCAAUCGCUGAGAGCAUGACCAAGCUACGUCGCCUCCAGCUUCUUGGCAACAGAUUGUCACACAGAGGGUUAAUCGCCAUUCUUGACAAUUGUCCUCACUUGGAGCACAUUGAUUUACGCCAUGGCUUGAAGAUUAGCGUCGUUGGGGAUGUGGAUAAGUUUGAAGCUUUUAGAGGGAUCCAAGAACUCAGCCGCUGA